AUGUGUCCUACUCCUGACGUCUCGGCCUCCAAUGGCGACACGAAUGGCUCCAAUGGUCACACGAAUGGCUCCAAUGGCGUCGCCAACGGCAACAAGGCCGAUCACCCUGGCUACACUGCUAUCCCCACCAAGCAGAAGCAUAGCAAUCCCUACCAGCCGGUCGGCGACUUCCUCAGCAAUGUCGACCGAUACAAGAUCAUCGAGUCCACUCUGAGAGAGGGCGAGCAGUUCGCCAACGCUUUCUUCGAUACUGAAACCAAGAUCAAGAUCGCAAAGGCCCUCGAUGAUUUUGGCGUUGAUUACAUCGAGUUAACGUCGCCUGCCGCAUCAGAGCAGUCUCGCAAGGACUGCGAGGCCAUUUGCAAGCUUGGUCUCAAGUCUAAGAUCCUUACCCACGUUCGCUGCCACAUGGACGAUGCCCGUCUUGCUGUCGAGACUGGUGUUGACGGUGUCGAUGUCGUCAUUGGCACUUCUUCCUACCUUCGCGAGCACUCUCACGGCAAGGACAUGACCUACAUCAUCAACACCGCCAUCGAGGUUAUCCAGUUUGUCAAGUCUAAGGGUCUCGAGAUUCGCUUCUCGUCUGAGGACUCUUUCCGCUCUGAUCUUGUCGACCUGCUCUCUGUCUACAGCGCCGUCGACAAAGUUGGCGUUCACAGAGUUGGAAUCGCCGACACCGUUGGCUGCGCCAGCCCCAGACAGGUCUAUGAUCUUGUCCGCACUCUUAGAGGCGUAGUCAGCUGCGAUAUCGAGACUCAUUUCCACAACGACACCGGCUGCGCCAUCGCCAAUGCUUACUGCGCCCUCGAGGCCGGUGCUACACACAUUGACACCUCCGUCAUUGGUAUCGGAGAACGCAACGGUAUCACUCCCCUCGGUGGCCUGAUGGCUCGCAUGAUCGUCGCUGCUCCCGAGUACACCAAGUCCAAGUACAAGCUGCACAAGCUCAAGGAGAUUGAGGACCUUGUUGCCGAGGCCGUCGAGAUCAACAUCCCCUUCAACAACUACAUCACUGGCUUUUGCGCUUUCACCCACAAGGCUGGUAUUCAUGCCAAGGCCAUCCUGAACAACCCUAGCACAUAUGAGAUCAUUAAUCCUGCCGACUUUGGUAUGAGCAGAUAUGUUCACUUCGCCUCAAGACUGACGGGAUGGAACGCUAUCAAGAGCCGUGUUGAGCAGCUCGGCCUCACCAUGACCGACGCCCAAGUCAAGGUCGUCACCCAGAAGAUCAAGGCUCUCGCCGAUGUCAGGCCGAUCGCCAUCGACGACGCCGACUCGAUUAUCCGGACUUUCCACCUGAACAUUACGGAGGGUGAGGAGAAGCCGUUGCUGCCGAACCUUACUGCUGAGGAGCAGGCCAAGUUCGAGAAGGCGGAGAGAGAGCUUGCUGGCGAGCCGGAGAAGCGUGCUUUGGAUGAUGCCGCGGCGGAGCCCGCUGCCAAGAAGGUUAAGGCGUAA